CUGACCUUCCGAACCGGAUUGUUGGAAUUGAUUUAGCAGAGCUAGCGCCACCUGCAGGCCACUUCAAAUUGUUGUUGCGUGUGGGAAAGGUUGGUGCAGCAGAGCUAACGGAGGAUGGACAUUCCCAGCAGGUUGGAAGUGUGGCAGGAGCUGGUUGAGAGUUGCGGUCUCAUUACAGUCCAGCAAGGCCUCCAGCAGGUGUGGAGGCUGCUGCUACUCUGCCUGCUCUGCAGACUCUGUUUCACACUGGGUGUGGUGUCUACUGUGAAACAUGUAGUGUCAGCGCUGGCUGGGAUGUUUGGCCUCUUCCUGUUCUUUGAGCAGCACAUGCAGUGGAUUCUGCUGCUCACUGCGCUCUGUUACUUCAUUCUGCUGCUCUGCCGACACUCCAGCAGCCACGGCCUCUUCGUCUCAGGUGUCGUCCUUAUCUAUAUCCUAACAGGAGAGUUGCAUUUAAUUGACACGGUGACCUGGCACAAAAUAAGAGGCUCUCAGAUGGUGGUGGCCAUGAAGGCCAUUUCUGUGGCCUUUGACUUGGACAGAGGUGCACUGAGCAGCCUGCCCUCGCCAACUGAGUUCCUGGGCUAUAUUUUCUUUGUGGGUACUGCCGUCUUUGGCCCUUGGAUCAGCUUCUCCAGUUAUAAGAAUGCUAUUGAAGGCACAAAACUUAGCUGGUUGUGGCUGCGUACCUCCAGCGGCAGUCUAGUGAAGAGUCAGAUCUGUUUGCUAAUCUCCACCUGUAUUGCCCCAUACCUUUUCCCGUGGUUCAUCCCGAUCCAUGGAAACUCUGUCACAAAGAAGUGGCUGCAUGCUUACGAGAAUGCAGUGUCCUUCCACUUCAGUAACUACUUUGUGGGUCACUUGAGCGAAGGUACCAGCAUGCUGGCCGGAGGAGGAUUCACUGAAGAUAAAGACAACACAAGAUGGGAUAUGAAAGUGGUGAAGCCUCUCAGUGUGGAAAUCCCUCGCUCCAUGGUGAUGGUGGUUACGUGCUGGAACAUCCCCAUGUCUCGCUGGCUUAAAACCUAUGUCUUUAAAAACGCCAUGAAAUUGGGAACUUUUCCAGCUAUCCUGGUGACAUACACAGCCAGCGCCUUACUGCAUGGUCUCAGUUUCCACCUGGGAGCUGUUCUGCUUUCACUUGGAUUCAUCACAUAUGUUGAACACGUUCUGAGAAAGAGGCUUGCUUCUAUCUUCAGUGCCUGUAUCCUGUCUAGGCCUUGUGCCUCUGACUGCACCCAUCAGCACAAAAAGGAUUAUUGGGUGAUAUUGCUGAACCUGGUUUUCAGCUUGCUGGCCAUCUUCCAUCUCACUUACCUAGGCUCCAUGUUCGACCCAGGAGUUGAUGAACAGGAGGUAGAAGAGGAUUUCACAGCCAUCCACACCAUCCAGAGGUGGUCUGAACUGAACUGGGCCAGCCACUGGGUUGUGUUUGCUUCCUGGGUAUUCUACUGUUUAAUUAAAUAAUGUUGUCUGGGCCGAUGAAAAGGCUGACAGACACCUUUGUUUCAGUGUAUACCAGACUGUUUUCUGAUUAUGAAAGACAGAGAUAUGCUUAAGUGGGAAGGACGUUGGCACAGGGGGAUGACGGUGUGUGCGCUGUGGUGAUUCUCACAGAUGUGAAUGAGUUUUCCGGCCUGUUUGAAAGAAUGACUGGUCUCUAAAGGAUUAGUAAAAUGAAAAGUAGAAACUGGCCCGUUCAUAUGAAUGACCUUUGACAUGUGCAGGUCCAAAUACAUUUCAGCAUCUGAUCAUGUGAAGAAAAUGAAAUGUAGCUUCACAGCUGUAUUUGUUAAAAUCUUUUGUCAUGUUUCCUUUUUUUUUUUUUUUUU